GAACAAAGGGGCUGCGUCUCUCAGCGUGAGCUUAGCUCAGCGUGAGUACAGUCCAUGGAGUUUACUAAGAGUUUAUUCGGGUUGAGUGUCAGUGUUUAUAUAGCUAUUUAAGCGGCGUAAUUAACUUUUCUUCUCAGUGGUGACUAAUGGCUUUGGACGACGAGACGGUUCAGUAGCUGGAUGCUGUAAUUUAAAGUAAAAGUACACUAGAUGAGCAAGCUGGAAAUGUCUCGAAAGGUCCAUAUGGGUGCCAAAACCAAAAUGAAACAUGUCAAGUUGAUGUGCUGCCAGAAUUGUAAUGCACAAUAUGACACAAUCAAGCUCUUUAAAGCACAUAUCCGGAAUUACGGUCAUAAACAGGAAGUGUCAAGACUUUUUCAGACAGCAUUGUAUAAAGGACAAGUUUUUUUCCCCAUCUUUGGUGUUCUGGACUACGUGAGAAGCGCUCUUUCAGGAGACCCAGUCAUUGGUUUGGACAUGGUCACAUUGUGUAUUACUCCAGAGAGGGUUGGCGCCUUUUACCUGUGCCAUGUUUGCGAGGAAAGCUUGAAAAAUCAUGAUGUUUUAAAACAUCUGUGUUCUGUUGAUCAUUACUACAAGUACUUGGCGCACAGGAAUCCGGAGUUGCUGCGGUUUGCCUGGUUCACGAAUUCUUUUUCUUAUCUGCAAUGCAGUGCUAAGAAAGAACACCUCACCAACGGUGCUGGUACCCUAAGGGUUUUAGAGCUGCCUAAGGUGAUGCUGGAGACAGGCAAAGAAAUGGCCUAUCAUCAAGUCAUGAACAUGUUCUCCAAAACGAAGAAAGUGAUAGAACUUGUCCGAGCUAACCGACCUCAGAGGAAAACAAUUCAGGCCUACAUCACUGACCCUGCCAGAACUAACCCUUUACUUGGCCUGAACUUCCUUCUUGAGUUCUCUUGUCCGGACAGUGAGUGGCAUUGUGGGUAUCUCUGUACACUGUGCAGGCAGAAAGUAUCAGCCAUCGACUGCAUCUCUCAUUGCAUCAGCUUUGAUCAUAUUUAUUGGUACAUGGAAGCUGCUCACCCAGCAACACUGCAAUGCCCUAAGAGUAGUUAUACUAACUACUCUUUCAGUUUCAACCAGAAGAUCCUUUACUUUGCCAAUCAAGCACAGAAACAUCACCCUCCUGGAAUAGUAGAGAGUGUGCGUCUGGAUCUUUCGGCCUUUAAAGAGGUGGACUCCUCCAGCUAUGCGAAUGCUCUGAACAAGUUGCAACAGCUGAGACGAGAAAAGAAUCAAAAAGAGUUCCAAGCAAGUGUUGUACCUGGAACACAAAUCUGCUCACCUGCUCAGACUGGAAGCUCGUGUCCACUUAUUCUGUGUGUGGAAUGUAACCAGAAAUUCUCCUUAAUAUCUGAUUACGAAAGACAUAUUAAUGAAAGUCAACACAAACAGAAACUCGCUGAGCUGUUUGAACCAGCCCAGUAUAGUGGAUUUGUCACUGAGAUCAAAUUGUAUCAGUACCUAUGGUCUCGCCACAGGAAGAAUUUGUCAUCGCCCCCAUUGAUUGGUCUGCAACUUUUCACAGUACUUGUGGACAGGAGUCAGUACUCAAGCACAGAAAUCUAUCUGUGCCAUGCGUGUGAGAUCAACAUCUCAACAUCUGCUUCCUCUCAUCUCACCUCCAUGCAACACUAUUUCAAUGUUUUUGCACACUCAAAACCGGAUCUAGUGUUCCUUGGUUCUCAAAAUUUGAACCAGAUCACAGAGCUUGCUCAAGAAGAAGAACUGAAGCAAGGAAAGCCCAUACUGCAGGUGUGUGAGGUUCCAAAUCAUCUGUGCAGGAUAUUCAAGAACUUGUCUUAUGAGAGAAUCAUGGCAACAAUUGAGGAGCAGUAUUCAGAGAUGAGCAAAUGUGCUGGAGUUCAGAAGCGCGUGACUCUACAGUCAUAUGUCAAAAGUCCCGACAGGAAAUCUCCGCUAGUGGGUCUGCAGUGCCUGGUGAAGUACAGUACAACACAGCCUGUUCCAAAAUAUGGUUACCUUUGUUUGCUGUGUGAAAGGAAACUUUCUGAAAUGCUUGUCAUUAACCACAUGUUGAGCUACUCUCAUAUAGUUGCCUACCUCAAUGUUGCCCACCCUGGUUCCCUGCGCAAGGAUGAUCAGGAUAUGUCGCUGAUUGUAGAUCUAGCCCGGCAGGCAGAGGCAGUGAGUGCUGGAGCGUCUAUGCAGGAAGUGGACUUGGAUUUUGGAACAUUGAAUGAGCGCGACACAUUUAAGGCUGCUCUGCAUGCUUUGCAGUUGGUGGUUAAGAAGAAGGGCCUGAAAGAACUGAAGCUCUCCAUAGUUCCAGGGUCCAGGCUGGUGUCCAGUUUGAAGAAACCUUGCCAAAACAAUUCUUUGAAGUGUGUCGCUCAAGAAAGCAGCCCUACGUCACUAAACAUGAGGCAGAUCAACACUGAAGCCUCAUGCUCACAAACUUUCACACCCAUAACUGGUACAAAAGCUCCUGGCUUAAUAUCAGAAAACAUUGAGCCUCUGAAAACCACAUGCGGUUCAGCCUCAACAAACAUUCAGCGUGCAGAACCUUUGGUUGUGUCAACAUCCUCACAACUUCCUGUAGUGUCAUUGAACACCCAGCAGUCUGGCUUGCUGGAAAUGAACACCGAACCAGUCAGCCCAGCAAUGCCUCCUUACCACAACCCAGUAGAGGCCAAAGAGUUCUGCUCAAUGUCAAAGCCUCUUCAAACUCAAAAUGUGAGCCUUUCUCAACCGCAGAGCCCACUGGCACAAAAUUCUAGGGAACCUGAGGAAACAUUGCAAAAACAAACACAGUCUUCCACUUGCUCGAAGAACAAGGCACAAGUUGUACCUCAGAGUCCAGCUUCUAGCAAUGUUCUGUGGAACUACCUACAGACCACAGUAAGAGAACCAGUAAUAGGUUUGAGUUCUGUUGUUGAGUGUCACACUGAUGGGAAGCCACCAUAUUACCUGUGUAUUUCAUGCACAGAGAGAGUUAAAGAGGACUCCAUAAUUGAACACCUGACCAAUCGUGAACAUCAAAAAAUGUAUCUGAGUUCUAUAAAAUACACUCCUCUGCUGGCCAAAAAAAAGUUGAAGACAAAAUGGUUGAAAUUCAGUGCCGUUAUGUUGGAGAAGAGAGAUGGAUAUGGAGAAGCACAGAUAUUAGAGUUGAACGCUGAAGAUUACAAUCAGAUCUUAUAUGCUCCCAUUAUAACUGCAUUGACAAAACUGAGGGACCUUCUGCAGGAAAUGACGUCAGACAUCAGUGACCAAAACACAAUGGCAGCUUUCUCAUCUGUUGGCUCCAAAUGUGACGAGAGGCUACAAGGCACAAUCAAAAACACCAUGAGAGCAACAGAGAAUGAUAAACCUUGUGAUCCACUCAGAGAAACAGUGGUAAAGGAGGACUCCAAAUCUGACACAAUAAUUAAACACGACUCUGAUGAUCCUGUUCGGAGUUCACCUCAUUUAUGGUCUUACCUCACAAGUCCUGCCAGAACAGAGCCUGUAAUCGGCUUAAAUAUGGUAACAGAGUUCCGCAGUUUCUCUGGUCAGAACUCUUUCCUGUGCUCAUGCUGUAAUUCAAUGCUGUCCACCAGGAGUUAUGUAGGCCAUUUGAUAGGCCCACGCCACCGCUUCAACUACAUGAAAGAUAAACACCCACAUCUAGUGGAAAAGUGGACAGACCAAGUCAGCUUGACCUCUAAAAUCUCAGAGCUCAAGGAAAAAGCACAAAUUGUGCAGGAUCUCGAAGGCUGGGGACACUUCAAGGUUGUGGAGAAGGACUCUCCUAAACAGAAGGAGCAGACUGCAACAAUUGCUGAUUCAGCCACGGCACAGGAACCAGAACCUUUGCAGACCAGUAGAGACACAGGUGCUGAGAAUUUGACCAAAGCAGAGGAACCAGAACCUUCUCAGAGCAGUAGUGAAACAGUGUGUACAGAACCACCGCAGCAGGACCAGAACCAGCAGAGACAAAAAUCUACAACACAAACAAAAAAUGCAAAAAAGAUGAUAAAGAAAAAGCGCACUUAUUUAAUUGGAUUAAAUUUUAUUACAUGUGUUUCACAUGAAAAAAAGAAGCUGUUCUUCUGUGAACUGUGCUCUGUCAGGUGCUCUGUAGACCACAUGUCUAGUGUGGCCCACAGAAAAGCCUAUGUGCAACAUAAAUAUCCAGGUUGGACUGCAAAUGAUGCAGUCCUGGAGAAGAAGCUGAAUGAGAUUGCUGUGCACUUAGCAGCAGUGGAGAAAAGCACAGGGAUUGGGAUGAAGAAACUACAUGUCCCUGCUGAAGUCUUCACAGCUUUAAGGAUCGCACCGGUCAGUGAAGCCCUGUCUCAGCUGAAACUGCAGCAGACUAAACAGACUCAGCCGGACCUGAGAGCUAGCCUUGCCCCUCCCGAGCCCAGCUGUAACACUGAAUCAGAGGAAACCAGUAAUAAUGUUGAGGAUCCUACGCUCUGUUCUGCUGCAGCGAACAACUCUGUGCAGCAAGAGCAAACCCCUGUACCUGAGAUGUCCGCGAUAACAGAUGAAUCAUCCAGUACUCUGAGUGGAAGCCAUUCCUGUUCUGUUUCCUCUGUUCCGGUCUCCUCCCUACUCACUAUAUCAAAUGUUCAUACAUUUGAUAAGCAUGAAGAUAUAUCUUGUGAUCCAUCUUCCACAGACAUCCAUACUUCAGCUGAAAUUUGCACUACACAUUCUUUAAAAACAUCAGUCACAGAGAGCAUUACAGCAACUUCUAUCCCUUUGCCCACUCUCCCACCUUUUGUCCCUGACCUGCCUCCCCUCCCCUUUUCUUCUGUUCAUCAGUCACUUCCUGUCCCUGACCUAUCCCCUGAUUCUCAAAUAGGAACAACCUCGCAGUGUCUGUCUUUAGCUUCAGACUUAUAUGAACCCAUCUCCCCUGCACCUGUAAACAGGCCCCUCUCCCCUGCACCUGUAUAUGAGCCGGUCUCUCCUCCAACUCUGAAUGAACAUGUCUCUAGUCACGCUUCCUCUGCUAGCAGUCAGCCCUCGCCAUAUGUUGCUCCUCUGUAUUCUCCUUCUUCUCCCACUCCAUCUGACAAUUCUUCUAAGUCCAUGACUCUGCCCCAGCCCUUCAACAGUCAUCUCACAGGGGGUGAAGAUCACACAGAUGAUGCUGGUUUGUCUCGUGAGAUAAGGCCAAGACCACAACCUUCCAAUGUAGAGUCAAAAGUGAUUACCCAGUCCAUCUAUAACGAGGAGAGCAGAUCAACACGCACGUACAGUUUUCUAAACUUCCCCACAGUGAUGGGACAAAGCCAUGCCUAUGCGUUUCUCAGUUUGCGAAACCUUCUGGGUACAGAGCCAAUUAUAGGUCUAGGUCACAUAGUGGAGUGUCGAACAAUGUCUCGACCAACCUUUUUCCUGUGCCUGAACUGUGCUAAAAAGAUCAGGAGAGAGGACUUUUGUAGCCACAUGACUAGUGAACCACACUGGCAUUUUUCCAUUAGGGUUCAGUAUCCUGAGGAAUUUCAGGAGUGGCAGGCCCAUUAUCACACGCUGGCUAUUCGGGACUUGGCUGGAAGGAUUGCAUUGAGGGAACAGAACUCAGAUGCCAAGGUCAUCAAGCUGGAUCAAAAGCAGUAUGAGAGGAUGCAGUCUGCAGAUUUCUUCAGUGCAUUUGAAAUGCUACUGAACAUGUAUGGACCAGACCAGAGCCAAAAUUCCCUGCCUUUACACUUCGAACGCCAGAAUCAGAGAGAAAUUUCUUCAGCACAUUUACUACAAGUCAGUGUAGAUACUGAUAGAGAGACACCAAGACAUCAGUCUCCUGUCAGCUGUGAUCUGAAUCCAAGCCAGGCAAAACAUGGGCUUCCCACCAGCCCAGUACCAGAUAGUGCUUUUGAUGGAGCUAAGGACAACCCUGACAGAAGCACUGAAAUCAGUAGUCUCACCUGUAAUCAGUCACAGCUUAGUCAAAGCCCAGAGAAAACCUGCAUGAACUCAAAGACUGAGGCUCAGGCUGAGGCCCCGGCACAGCUGAUCCAGCAUCAGUUUAAAACUGGUCUAACAGCAGAGUCUCCCAAGGAUUCAGGCAACAACACUGAUACCACACCAGAAACACCUGAUGCAUUGUCAACCAACUUGGGCUUGCAACAAAAAACUACAAACUCCCUCCCCUGCACCAUAAGAAUUAAACAGGAGAAACCAAACAAUGACAAUGAUUUUCAGGAGAAAUGCUGCCCUAGGGUUAACACCUCUCCAAGUUUGGAUGCUCCAGCUUCUACAGAAGUUACGGGAAAUUUGUUCAAGCACAAGCCUGACCUCAUCAGUAGUCUAAACAGCAAAAGAGACAGCAAAAGUGUGGCAGAUGCUGUGGUUGGUCUGAGCUCAAUAAUUGAAUGCCGAAGUGAUGAUCAGUCUUCACUGUUCCUGUGCAUAGCCUGUUCCAGCAAACUCAACCGGGACCUCAUCAUUAACCACCUAAUGAAGCCUGGCCACAGAGAAAGUUACCUGAGGCAAAGAUACCCCUUUUUUUUUGAGGACUGGCCUGAAUGUGAUACCAGAACUCGAUCGGUGAUGCUUAUGCGACUUGCUCACCAAGUGGAGAAGACUUACGAGGAUGAACCAGGUCAACUACAGGAGAUGGAACUACAGUGUGCUGACCUAAAAGAAAUUAAAGAUUUGUCAUUCGAUAAAGCUCUCACACAGCUACAGAAGAUUAGGAAAGCACAGAAUCUUUGUGCUCUCCAAACUUGUAUCUCUCCCAGGAAACAACCAGUUUUGGUGAAACAGGAGGACAUAGAAACAGAAGUGAAACCCCAACAUAUACCCCCGCUUGAUAAUUCACUUGGGAAGACUGCACAGACUUCAAGAGGUGUUUCUAAGCGCAGGAUUGUUGAAGAUUCCUCUCAUAAACCACAUGCUGUGGCCAAACAGAUCAAACUCCAGACGCGUGACAACCAAAUGCCCAGUUCUCCCAGCCCCCAAAAUGCCAAGAUCAGAGCCCAAAAAAGCACCAUCACUGUUUUCCCAAAGUCAUUACCUCAAGUCCAUGACAAAACUAAGCAGAGCCCAAGCCGUGUUCAUGAAAUUGUGAAGAAACAUGCUUCUUGCUCCAGUUCUGCAGCUAGUGCCACGAGACACAAUGACAAACCGCAUUCGUGUCCCACCCAAAAGCCAACCAUCUCAAACAUGCCCUCCAAGAAAUCAGUGGAACAGACCAAAUCACUGGAUAAAACUAAGCUCGAAAGUUCAACCAAAACUCAGAAAGCUCAUCGUAGUGCUGCACCAAAACCUGAGCAAUCAGUAUCAAACGACUCCCAGACACGUUCAAAACAACAUCGUUCGGAAACCAAGGCUGUUUCUUCAUUAUCAAAGAAAAAAAGAAUUUUCACUGAUUACCCACCCACUCCUGUGGAACAGGCUACCUCAGUGCUGAGCAGCCCUGUUCCUUCAGAACCCCCAAUUAAGAGAAGAUCCUUGGAUGAGCGCUUGGCUGAUUUUACUCAUCUACAAAACACGGCCACAGCUCUUUUAGAGGGAACACAAACAUUGCUACCAAACACCCUGAGAGAUACAGACCCCUGUAGCCCUACUGAGAGGGUCCCUUCAAAGCAACCUUUGAACCAAACUGUCUCACACCUCUACCCUUACAAUAGUGCUGUUAGUGCUCCAGCCUUGCAGGCACAGGGGCAGGAAAUUGCUCGACUGCAUGAGACACCCUCAGUGAUAUUUAGGUCAAGUGAAAAUGCCUGGAAUUAUGAAAAUCGACAGUUCAGCACUAAUUCAGUUGAUACCAACCAAGUGGCUGCUUCCACUGUUGGGCCUGACCAGACAAUAAGAGCUGAUGGAUCAGUCAACUCAGCCUACGCCUGUGCAGAUAGCAACAGCAUCAUGUCAUACACCAUUUUAGCACAAAAUGCUAAUUCGUAUUUUUCUAUGACUUCAGGUUGUGCCGAAACUAUUCCAACCACCAGUCCAGUGUUACCUGGAUAUGCUGUGCCUUAUCAGUAUUUAGGGUAUACGCAACCUGCUUAUGCUACACAAAGCACUGGUACUACAGCACAUGAUUACACUCUAGCUGCAAAUGGAACUGCUAUGAAUGCUGGAGCUGCUGCCCCAAGUCAUUCUCCCACUCUUGGAUAUCAUGUGCCCAAUGACAAUUCUGCUUACACAUCCCAACAAGUUCAUCCGUUUCAGCAAGUAUACCAGCCCGUUCAAUCCUACCAGUCUCCAGACGCAUACGCAGCUUUAUGUUCUUUCUACGCUUACAAUCAAGCUCUACAACCAAGCCAGGCAACCACAUUCACUGGAAGUGCCACCUCAGCUGAUUCAGCCUAUGGACAUGUGCCAAAGAACUAGGUGGCCUUAAGUAAUUAAAAUAAUAAAUGUUCAAAUGUUUGUGGACAAAUGAAUGCAUUCAGCAACUUUACAUUUUACUUUUUGUUGACAUAGGUGUAUAAAUGCACACACAUAGCAUGUUUAAUCUCUGUGGAGACAGCUAUCUAAAAAAAAUAAGACUCUCUGGAGCAGAUAAACGUAUUAGCAACAAUUUCUAAUUUCUGGGAUUUACAGCUCUUUAGCGCUGAGCUGUGGAGCAGUGGAAUUGUGUUCUCUAAAAUGAUGGAGCUCCAUCUCUAAUACUUUUGGAAUGAUUUGGGGAGUUAGAGAUGAGGUGUAGUGACCUCACUAAUCCUUGCUGAAUGCAAUCAAAGCCUCUUAGCAGUAUUCUGAAAUAUAGUAUAAAUAUAUAAAGUAUAUAUUGUUGCCUUUUAUGUGUUUUUAAGCAGCUGUGUGUGUUGCUAAAAUCAUUGUGAAUUAAGUGUAUUUUUUCUGUCCUUAUAUUUUUCAAGAAUGAAGAACGCAAACUUUGCACCAUUGUCUGUUCUAAAACAUGUAGCUCUGUUUAAUUUCCCACGGUUGCAAUUUCUUACAUGUAAAUAAGUUAAAAAUAUGUUGUAAAUUCUGGUAAAUGCAUCCUUGUAUUUUGCAUAUUUUACUAUUAGAUAUGACCCAGACAGCCUAUGUUUUGUUACAAUUUAUUUUAACUUGUUUUACCAACACUGUUAAUGUUUAAAGUUUGAGAAGGGAUUUGUUGUGUUUAAUGUUUUUGUUUUGGUUAAUUUUUGUGAUUUCAACUAUUUUUUUACAGAUAUAUUUUUCUAAAUAAACACUUAUAAUCCUAGAA